AUGAUCCGUCGCGGCGUGGUGGAAGAGGUGAUCCCGGGUAACCCGGUGAUGGUUCGGGUGGAUAUCGGAGAUGUGCUUUCGCCGCCGUUGCCCUGGAUUCAGAUGCAGUCCGGGCGUUACAUGCAGGUCAGUAAUUACCCGGCACCAGGAGAUGCGGUCACGGUGAUAUCGGAGGCGGGCGAUCUGCGUAACGGUCGUGUGUAUCCGGGGGCGAAUAUUGACGCCAUUCCUGUACCGGCGGGCAGUGAACACGAGCAUGUUAUUUUGUUUGAUACCGGAACGGAAAUCCGUUACGACCGUAAAGCCAAUGCCCUGUCCAUCACGCUGGCUGAAGGCGGCAGCUAUAAAAUCACCGGCAGGGGAACGCUGGACGGUCCGGUGGAAAUCACGGAUACCCUGACUGUGCAGGGAGAAACGAAGAUUAAUGCCGAUACGCAGGUUCUGGGCAAUAUCGGUGCCUCACAGGAGAUCACCGAUAAAACCGGCAGCAUGAGUAAAAUUCGCGAAAUUUAUAAUACUCAUGAUCACCCUGGCGACAGCGGGGGAACCACCCGUAAACCUAACCAGGAAAUGUGA